CUUCUGAAUUUUCGAGGAGGCCAGCGCCAGGCAGUGCCGCUAGUCAGUCAGUUUGAUCGCGGCAGGCGAGAGGAGAAGGUCGGGAAAUCGCGUCUCUCCGCUUCCGUCUCUCACUUGGCUGGCCCUAUACUACGUUUGUGGUUUCAAAAGUUCGAUACGAAAGAUUCGUUUGAAUAAACACGUGUGGAAACAUUUACACACGCGAGUGAAUAGACUAUUUUUAUCUUUAUUUUUUUUAAACUAGUGUUCAGUUGCUAACAAGUUGGCGUGCGAAUCUUACUUAAUAAUUGAAAGUUUAAACUGAUUUGCAUAAAUUAUAUUUCUCUCUCACUCUAUUCCGUCAAGAGGAAAUUCGGUGGUAUUUGUAAUAUAUUUUGCAGAUUUCAACGGCACGACGUAGAUACAUUUUUUGUCUGCAGUUAUCUGAAGGAACCAUGAGAGAUGUCAUGAAGAAGACGAAGUCGAAGAGGAAGGCAAUCAAUAUAGAGAGUAUAGCAAAAUCCUUCCAGAUAUCCAGAGCCCUUAACCUCCUCCAUUAUGAUUCCGAAAAGUAGACACGAUCGUUCCAGCAAACGAUGACUCCACCCAAGAGAACAGACUAAGACGUGAAUUUUCAAAACAAAACGACAGAAACUCCCACUAUGAAUACCGAAACACGAUACUAAAGCGAGACCAACAGCCAUGUCUACCCAAAACAAAUGGGAAACGAUUCCAGAGGGUGAUGCCCCCGAGAGCCCCAACCCCAACAUGAUCUCCGAAGUCGAGGAGGUGAGCACGCCCACCUGCGAGGUGGACGAAGGAGCAGCCUGCAACGGCUUCUGCAGGUCCAACAGCACCAAGGGCGACAGCAGCGGCGCGGGCGAGAGUGCCACCGAAGAUGGCACCAAAGUUCCAGCGCCCUCGUCACUGCCGGUGGUGCCCAACAAAAAUAUGAAGCCUCCGGCCAAGAACUGCUUCAGGCUGGUCGUCCUGGGAUCUUCCAGAGUCGGGAAGACCUCUUUGGUCUCCAGAUUCCUGACCAACAAGUUUGAGGACACCUACACGCCGACCAUAGAGGACUUCCACAGGAAACUGUACAGGAUACGCGGGGACGUCUACCAGCUCGACAUUCUAGACACAUCGGGAAACCAUCCCUUUCCCGCCAUGAGGAGGCUGUCCUUUCUAACAGGUGACCUUUUCGUCCUGGUCUUCUCCUGGGACUCGAGAGACUCCUGGCAAGAGGUCAUGCGUCUUCGGGAACAGAUAUUGGAGACCAAGCAAUCGGCUUCAGCUAGUUCGACGGGCAGCAGGAAGAAGAGAGGAGCCCCCAGGGUGCCAAUGGUCAUCGCGGGCAACAAGUGUGACAGAGAGCAAAGAGGCGUGACGUGCGAGGAGGUCCAAGAGUUCGUCUCGUCCCUCAGCUGCUGUGGAUACGUCGACACCUCGGCCAAGAAGGAGUACAACGUCGACAAGCUCUUCUACGAGCUGUUCGUCCUGGCCAACCUGCCCAUGGAAAUGUCGCCCGCCCUUCACAAGAGGGUCUGCCCCUGCCAGCCUCAACAAGAAGCCAUCGGCAGCGGGUCGCGGCACAGAGGCCUCUCCAUCAGGAGGAGACUGAGCGAGGCCUACGGCAUGGUGGCCCCCAACGUCCGCAGGCCGUCUAUUCGGACGGACCUCCUCAUCCUGAGAGCCAAGACCAGCCUCCACCUCACGGGCAUCGACGCCUUCACCGACAAGAAACCCCGGAGGGAGGUCUCUUGCGUCAUCCAGUAAAGAGGAGGAGGGGUAGGAGGAGGAGACGAAAAAGUAGAAACAAAAAAAAUAGACUCUGCUGUGGUGAAAAAAAAUAUAUAUAUUUUGGCGGAUCUCAAGAAUUAUAAUUAUUGUUUCAUGACCGAACUCUGGAUGGUGGUUUUGACGAGAUGAAAAAUGAUCGUUUGGAAAAUAAAUAAGUGCCAAGCGUUGACGUAUUGUCUCGUGUGUGGCUUUGUAAUGUCAACAUUCUGCAGUUGCUGGAGCCAUGUUGACAAAGAACCGUAAGACACCUAAACUGGAGCUAUGUUUACAAAGGCCAGUAUAUACACCUAAACUGGCGCUAUGUUGACAAAGAACAGUGUACACCUAAACUAGCGCUAUGUUGACAAAGAACAUAACACCUAAACGAUUAUGUAUGUCGACGAGCGAAAGAAAAACUGAAAAUUUUAGAAUAAUAAAAUGCGACCAGUGAAUACACUUGAGAGAGAGAGAGAGAGAGAGAGAGAGAGAGAGAGAGAGAGAACAGAGUAAGGGCAAUUUAUAUAAAGGAUAUAACUCGGGCUAAACAUUUUUUCAAUUGAUACACGAGGGUAUAUAACACGAAAAAAAAAAAGUAUUUUGCAUUUUGGAUAAAGCAUCGUUUCACUUUUGACGGAUCCCAACGGUGCGUAGAAGGGCGAUUGUUUUGUGGUGCUUCUGUCAUCGAUAUACUGUGAAAUGUCACAGUACUUCAUGCAUAUACAGUGAGAAUUAUAGGCCGGUGGACAAGGAAGGAAAAAGGUUUGUUUGAAAAAAUAAAAAAAAGUUACUGGCAACUUCUCUAUACUCUUGUGCGCGGAGAGAGAAGGCAUAUUUCGAACCGAAUCCGUCUUUGAUACACUCAGCUCGCAAGGAGAACUUCUUAGAAAGACGCACAGAACUUCCCAAAGAAGGACCUAGUGAACUUCUGAAGGGAAAUAACUCGAGAACUUCUCAAGGGAGAAAGUCAGUGAAGUACGACUUGGAAACCGUUAAAUGAAGGAGAAUGUCGGGAAAGACUGAGGUACAUCAUUCCUGAGCGGAGAGAGAUCGUAGAUGAAAACGGGGAAUGUCUACGAAAAGUGAGGAAAUACUCGAUUUGUUGAUACGAACUGAGUCCUGUAUAGAUACGUGUUAACUCAAAGCUGUAAAAAUGAAGGUUACAAUAUAUAUAAAAGCAUUCAUGACCCGUAAGAAACUACUAUAGUAACUGAUGUAUGGAACUUAUGUGUCCUACGUUAAAACUACUAUACAUGUGAUGGUUAAAAAAAAAAAAAAAAGCUAGGCUACAUGUGAUGUCAAACAUUUCAAUAUUUUUCUUUCAGUCUCCGUUUAAAUUAACUCCUGUAUUCUAAGUAAGAAUUUUGAUGUUGGUUAUCAUCAUUUUAUUCCCGAGAACGUCUUUUGUUUCUCCGUUUGGUUUCGGUGGUUAUAGUAGUACUAGGUGUCUCAAUCCCUGGAUACGUCUAGAAAAAUCUCUUGAGCUAAAUACCAGAUGUUCAAAUGUCACUGAUAUCAACAAAAGCUUAAAGGAGAAGAGGAAUGUAUAAUCUGUAGCGUUGUUUUUAUUUAGUCUUUUAUUCUGAAGUAGAAUAUAUCCACAAUAACGUUAAUUAUUUCAAGGUCACGACACAAAAUCACACACACGCCGUUUUCUGUAGUCGAAAUGAUCUCAUGCUCUAAUCUGGGUACUUUUGAAGUGGCAAAUGCUCUCAGAGAGUAUUUGCUGUGUAUAUGAAUAAAUAAAUAUGUCUAUAUAUAUGAUUAUAUGUAUAUGAAGUAUGUAUAUUUACAGAUAUAUGUAUAGAACAGUAUAUAUAGCUAUGCAUAUACAUAUAUUUAUACAUGUAUAUACAUAUAUCUGUAUAUAUUAUAGUAUAUAUAUAAUUGUAUCAUACAAUUUUAUAUAUAUAUAUAUAUAUAUAUAUAUAUAUAUAUAUAUAUAUAUAUUAUAAUACAUACAUAUAUAUAGCGUAUAUAUAUCCUUCCACCUAGAUCUGGUCAGCAUUUGGACGGGUGACCAGACAGGAAUAUCAAAAGGAGGGAAACCCAAGGCGUAGAAUUCUUUCGGAGCCACCCCUCUUAGGACAAAAGGCUUGUAGUAUACACAGACAAACAUACACAAAUAUAAACACACACUACACGGAAACAGCUAAAGGUUCAGUCAUACAUCCCAUACUAUAUUGUUCACAUUGAAUUUAAUGAAUGAAACUCGUUAAUUUUCUUUUUUAUGAAUGAAACCCAUUACAACUCAUUCAGAAAAACACGUGUUGGUGACGUCACCUUAUUUGUAUCUUAACCAAGAUUGGAGUUGUAUAUAAAUAGGCGCUAUGUCGGAGUAUACAUAAGUAUGUAUGUUUGUAUGUACUGUACAUAGGUUGUAUAUAAUGUGUGUGUAUAUGUGCAGGUAUUAUUAUGUAAUAAUGUACAUGUGUGUAUGUAUACAUAUAUACAUUCAUGUUUAUUUUAGGUUCAUGUAUGUUAUUUAUUAUAUAUACACAUAAAUAUAGCAUAUAUAUAAAUAUAUAUGUAUACAGAAAUAUAUAUGUAUAUAUACAUAAAGUAUAUUUAUAUAAUAUUUAUAUAUUUAUAUGUAUAUAUAUAUAUGUAUAUAAACACAUAUAUAUCUGUAUAUAUGUAUACACAUACAUAUAUAAUUGUAAAAUACAAUAUGUAAUAAACAAGAUAUGUCUCAAGUCUGUAUGUAUUCAAUAAUAAAUUAUUUAUGUAUGCAUUUAUGGGACGAUCAGACACUUAAUGUAUGGCUGGCCUGCAAUCAAACUGUCUGAUCUAUAUGUCUAUAUUUAUAAUAAAAAAAGCAAAAUAAAAGACAUGGGAAUCCUUGCGCUUUUUGAUUAUUACUCUUAUUUAAAA